GGAGGAGAGAGGAGCCGCGGGUGGAGCAGGGACACGCAUCCUCGACACGCGCCCGUGGGGCUCAGGAACGCUGCUACGUUGCAGAUAAGGAGCCAACCCCUGUCAGGAAUAGAGGUCUCGGCACCGGGAUUUGCCCAGCCAGCGGUGGGAAAGGAAGCCCCCAGCACACCCCCGGCUCACCCACCAGACUCAGCUCACAGAGAACAAGAGGGAGAAGGUGAAUAAGGGCAGGCAGCUUCUCCGAGCUGAGCCGAGGGGAGAGCAGCCGCAAGAUUUCGUUAGCCUGCCUCUUAAGGCAGUGAAGUCUCCAUCCCCUCCCACACUCCCUCCCCAGCCUGACCCUGUCCGGCGCAGGGGUGGUGGGACCUCAGCCUUCAACUGGAGCUUCUCAACAAGCCCCAUGAAUCCUUACGUCAACUGCUCCAGUCCUGAGUUCCCCCUGUCCCAGCAAGACUUUCCUGUGGAGCCCAUCAGUCCUGAUCUCAGCAACAGGACUCACGCAGAGACCUUGUUUGACCCCAAGGAUGCCAACCUGACAGAGGAGCAGCUGCGGGAUAAGUACCUGGGGCCUCGACGGUCCAGCUUCUUUGCCCCAGUGUGUGUCAUCUACCUGCUGAUCUUCUUGGUGGGGGCUGUGGGCAACACACUCACCUGCAUUGUCAUCCUCCGGCACCGGUUCAUGAGAACACCCACCAACUACUACCUGUUCAGCCUGGCCGUGUCUGACCUGCUGGUGCUGCUGCUGGGGAUGCCGCUGGAGCUGUACGACAUGUGGAGCAACUACCCCUUCCUGCUGGGUGCCAGCGGCUGCUAUUUCAAGACACUGCUCUUCGAGGCCGUUUGCUUCGCCUCCAUCCUCAACGUCACAGCCCUGAGCGUGGAGCGCUACAUUGCUGUGGUGCACCCACUCAAAGCCAAGUACGUGGUGACCAGGAAUCACGCCAAGAAGGUUAUUGUCACCAUCUGGGUCUUGUCAGUCAUCUGCUCCAUUCCCAACACCAGCCUCCAUGGGCUGCAGCCUCUCUAUGUGCCAGGCCGAGGGCAGGUGCCCGAUUCAGAGAUCUGCACCCUGGUGAAGCCACGCUUGACCUACAACCUCAUCAUCCAGAUCACCACCAUCAUCUUCUUCUUCCUGCCUAUGGGGACCAUCAGUGUCCUCUACCUUCUUAUCGGCCUGCAGCUCAAGAAAGAAAAGAUGCUGGAAGCCUUGGGAGCCAAGACCAGCAGUAGCCGCAACUGCCACAGGAGUCAGGGGCAGAAGAAAGUCAAGAGGAGGCAGGUCACAAAGAUGCUGUUCGUGCUGGUGGUGGUGUUCGGGAUCUGCUGGGCUCCCUUCCACACCGACCGCCUCGUCUGGAGCUUUGUCUCCACCUGGACCAGCAACAUGCUCCACAUGUUCCAGUACGUCCACAUCAUCUCAGGUGUCUUCUUCUACCUGAGCUCGGCUGCCAACCCCAUCCUCUACAACCUGAUGUCCACCCGCUUCCGGGAGAUGUUCAAGGAGGUGAUGUGCCGCCCCGGCCACCGCCCGCCGUGGUCACGGAAAUACUCGCCCAGCGUCACCCGCACCACCACCCGCAGCACCGAGUGCGAGCCCGUGCCCGGCACCAGCGGGCUGCCCCUCUCCGAUGCCGAGGAGUACGAGCUGGAGGAGAUGGAAAGGGGCCAGGCCACCACCCACACAGUGUCCCUCUACUGAAGAAUGGGGAGACACAGAAGGACUGAGACCAGCUUUCCUCACCACCAGCAUCCACAUGACACUCAUUCUGUGGUGGGGAGUGGGGCAGGAGUAAUGAAGGGGUCCCUGACUCUCUGGGCUCAUCCGACUGGGAUGCAAAGGCUGGUUGUAUCGACAACACUGCUCCAGGGACAUGGUGGCAGUGGCUAUGCUGUGCCCUGGAUGCAUGGCACCCACUGUGCUCAGCAUUAGGGCUGGCCAAGGCAUCCCUUGUAAUGUGGGAACAGUUGAUUUCUAUGUCAGAGAUAUGCCAGCAAUUCCCAAAAACAUCCCAGCCCAGUGGGGUGAACACGCAGGGGCUGGUAUUGGGGGUGUCAGGCACCCCGGGCUGUUUUGGGGCACAGUGCUGGAUGGGUGCCCUGAGAGGUGCUCCUAUCUGGGGUGAGACCCAUGGAGGUGGGAGAGGUUUGCAUGGGAUGGAGCAGGGAAAAAACAGUCUGUGGGUGCCUUUUCCCUCAAGAUGUCCUCAGGGCUCUCUGGCACCAACAUGACCCUGAUUUUGUGGCACCGGUGGGGCCAGCUGGUGUCCAGCUGCAGGGUGAUGGUACAGCUCCUUCCUCUCACCCUGCAUUCCCAGCCCUUUGAGGGCAAGGGAAGGAGUAUGGCUGCUCUCUCCAAAGAUGGAGUCUGCAGGGGAAAAUACAGGACAAAGGGAGCCCCUGACUGCCUGUAGUGCCAAGGCACAGCUCCAUGCCUGUCCUUGUGCCCCAUGAAUAUGCUCCCCCCUGAUUAACAUCUCAUGGGUGCCACCCUCUUCUUCCUCUGCCCACUGUGGCCCCCUGAACCCCUGGGGAAUGUGGGGAGCCCUUCUCCAUCCCUGCUGUGCACGGAUUGAGCCUCACUGAGAAUUAAAAAGGGUCAUUGGCUUGA